AUGCAGGAGUCUCCAGGUGCCAUGGGAGUAGAUGGCAGCUAUGCCAGCAACGUUCCAGCCUUCCUUACUAAGCUGUGGACCCUGGUGGAGGACCCAGAUACCAACCACCUCAUCUGCUGGAGCGCGACCGGGACGAGCUUCCAUGUUUUUGAUCAGGGACGCUUUGCCAAAGAAGUCCUGCCAAAGUACUUUAAACACAAUAACAUGGCAAGCUUUGUUCGACAACUAAACAUGUAUGGUUUCCGUAAAGUGGUCAACAUUGAGCAGAGCGGUCUAGUGAAGCCGGAGAGAGACGAUACGGAGUUCCAACAUCUGUACUUCCUCCAGGGACACGAGCACAUGCUGGAACACAUCAAGAGGAAGGUGUCCAUCGUGAAGAGUGAGGAGACCAAAGUCCGUCAGGAGGAUCUCAGCAAGCUGCUGUAUGAAGUUCAGCUCCUUCGAACACAACAGGACAACAUGGAGUGUCAGAUGCAGGACAUGAAACAGCAGAAUGAGGUGCUGUGGAGAGAGGUGGUGUCUCUGAGGCAGAACCACACACAGCAGCAGAAAGUCAUGAACAAGCUGAUCCAGUUUCUGUUCAGCCAGAUGCAGUCCAACACACCCAGCACUGUGGGCCUAAAGAGAAAGCUGCCCCUGAUGUUGGAUGAUGGCUCUCCCAGUCCUCCUGCCUCUAAGUUCAGCCAUAGUCACCCGAUGGAGGCCAUGCAUGAGACCUUCUACAUCCAGUCGCCAUCCAGCGACACUGCUUCCUGCUCUACCAGUGGGCUGACAGGAGGACCAAUAAUUUCAGACGUUACUGACAUGUCUCAGGCCAGCAUGGCUCUCCAAAUGCAGACUGAUGAGACCAGGGAGAAGUGCAUGAUGUUGAUCAAAGAGGAGCCUGUAAGUCCAGGAGUGAGAGGUCCAGGGAAAGGAGGCGCAGUGGGGGGAGGAGAGGCUGUAGCAUUGACCUCCUCCUGUGAGGUGUGCUCCUCAGAACCUCCUGUCCUCCCUGUCGCAAUGGUCCAGUCAGUUCUGGAGGGGAGGGGCUCUGUGGUGGAGAGGAGGAGUAAGAGACCUGCUCUGGACAGAGUGGAGGUUUCAGAUGCUGUCGAGAACGUGGAUAUGAGCCUGGAGGAGCUUCAGCAGCUGCUGCUCAGGAGCCAUCAGCAGAGUGCUGUGGAGGCUGGGUCCAGUACUGUUAUGGAUCCCUUCAGUUUAAGCCUGCCUCUAACAGAGUGGAACUUCACAGAGAUGGAGUCUAACCUCAAAUCAGUACUGAAAAUGUGUCUCAUCCCUUCUCAGUACAUGUUCCAGAACCAGGAAGCAGAACCCUUUCCAGCUGCCGGCUGCGAGGAACAGUGA